AGGGCAGGGCUGCUGACAGGGUACAGAGCAGCCGACAGAAAACCCUGCAACAUGAACGCUAAGGUUGUGAUCGUAGCACUGUGCGCCUUCCAGCUCGCCGCAGGAGGGCCCAUAGAUGACGCCAUCAGCAAUUUCCAAAAGCAGAUCACUGCAAUUGCUACCCAGAGCCAAGAAAUUUUAAGCAAUAUUCAAAAGAGCGUCCAGAGUUACGUACAGAAUGCUACAAGCAACGCCGUGUCGCAAGCUCAGGCUUCGCUCGGCAGCCUGCAGAAGAACGUCAGUGACGCAGUCUCCUCCGCCAAAGAAGCUGAAGCCCAAAUCCAAGCUUGCACGAAAAAUCUUACCAAAGAAUACGAAGCAGUGCUGAAUAGCACAAAGACGCAGAUUCAGGCACAAGCUGAAAGCCAACAGGCAGCCAUCGAGUCUGCCAGCAAGAACGUCAGUGCGGCUGUAAGUGAUGCAACAAAAGCCCUCGCCCAGAUCCCAUCGACUUUCCUGCAAUGCUCCGCCAAUCGUGUACUAAGCAUUCUCCCAAUAUGCUGGUCAUCGUCAUCAUCAUCAAGCUGCCUUAAUGACGCUACUGCUCAGUUACAAAAUCUCACCAAUCAAGUGAGCGCUGCUAUCCAGUCCGCGGUACAGCAGGCUCAGGCUCAGGCUGAGGCCAGCGCCUCCAAGCCUGACGCAUCCCUCCAGUCGGCUGCUGAUCAGUACAAGGAAAUCAACGAGGAGGCUGGCGCAUGCGUGCAGGAAGCAGUGGAUUCCAGUACUGCAGCAUCUGAUGCUAGCGACGCUAGCGACACAUCGGCGAGUUCCAGUGAUACAGCAGAAUCGGCCUAAAAUCAACAUUCUGGUGCGCUCCCCAGCUAACAAGGUUGAUGCAAUGGUAGUACAGGACAAUGCGCAUCCUUCAUCCCCGGUGAGGGAAAAAAGAGUACAAUUGUAAGCGUUGUUAACUGUUCUGUGCUGUGCUCGUGUGAGAAAUAAAAUUUAAAAUAUA